CUAAAUAUCAAACAUGACGUUUUAUAAUGAGGAGUCAAAAAGCCUUCAUUUAAUUAAUUUCACAUCUCACUCUUCUAUGGACAGACAGUCAAAAUUGGAAGAAAAAGUAAAAAAAUUCAGGAGAUAUUCUGAUGUCUUCGACCCUUUCGUACAACGCCAGGAAAUUUUUAAAAAUGUCAAAACCAGGCGGGCUAGCAUUGAUGUUUCUGAGGCAAGUUUAAUUAAAAAAGAAAAAAUCGAUAGAACUUUUAGGGAUGUUUCCGAGCCAUGUUUAAAUAGAAAAGAUAAAUUAGAUAAAGCUUUUAAGGAUAUUAGCGAACCAAAUCUUCACAAGAUAGAAUCAAUAAAACCGAUAAAAAGGAAAAAUGUUUCUUUGGGUAUGGCUAUUGGUGAACAGGUACCUCUAAAACCCACAAAUCUUGAAGUGCUUACAAAGAGAUUGGAUGGUGAAUUAAAACCCCACCUUCGUACCAGAAAGUCUGAUAUCAACAAUAAUUUUACAAAAAACUUAACUGAAACUAAACACGCCAAGAAGUCAAAGGCCAAGAGAGAAUCUAAAUGCCAUACAAACAUAGAAAAAAAUGCUUUUUUAAAGGAGAACAUCUGCAAAAGAAAUGUUGAUUUCGAAAAGGAGAUAGUAGACAAGAAAGAUGAAGAAUAUCUUAGUUCUGAUAAAAAAUUGAAAAGAGAUUCCAGGAGCGUCAAGAAAAUCGUAAUAAAAACAGACACAGACACCAAAGAAAAUUCCGAAGUUCAAAAAAAUCCACCUGAAAAAAAGAAACCGAUAGAUCCAAAAAUUUUGAAAAUUUACACAGACAAAACUGUGACAAAAUUUAACAAUCUAGAAACAAUUUUCGAAACGCCAAUUGGCUCUUACAUUAUGGGCAAAAGGAAACUAAAACGAUAUUUAAACUUCGAUAAUGCCAAUAGUUCUAUUAAAAAGGCACAAAGAAAAUCAAAAGUGAAAAAAAUAAACCCGUUUUUUAGAAUGACCUAUAUUGAUUUAGAAAGUUUGUCUUUACACAAUGUGGACGAUUUAAUUAAAUAGAUCGCACAAUAAAAAUA